AUGAAGUCAGUCACCAGCUUUUUGGCAUUGUUUGCCGCAUUGAGUUGUGCCCUCGGGGACAAGCCACCCUCGCCGAGAAGCAUGUCGACAAAGGAAUUUCGACGGGCGUUCUUGGAUGCUGGCAUCAUUCCAGAUGUCAUGGGUUCUUUCAAUCCCGCGGUGUCUUUUUAUGCAGGCUACAAGUCCAGCGACGGCAACAAAACUCUCAUGAUGCCAGGUUCCAUGCUCCAAUUGAUGGAGACUAAGCUUCCGUUCGAGUUCAGCGUUGAAAACAUUAUGAAUGCACAGAACGUCACUCGGAAUACCCGAUACAUUCUUUGUAUGAUUGGGCCCGACUCACCAACACGCGAGGAACCAACCGAGCGGAACGUGAGGUACUAUCUCGCCGGUAACUUUACGGUGGAACAAACGAAAUCUGAGAUUCUCUCAUCGGCAUUGAUUAUGCACAACUCUACACCCGCUUUCAACGACUACAUGGUACCAGACCCCAAAUCAGGAAGCGGUAUGCACAGAUACGUGUACCUACUCUACGUUCAGCCCGAGAAGAUGAAUAAGAUGGGGUUCGAGGCGAUGGGUGUCGACAUGAAGGAACGAAAGAAAUUCAGCAUUUCCCAACUCCGAAAACAGGCCGGUUUGGACCGGCCGAUCGGGGGCACUUUCUUCACAGUGGACAUGGCCAAGAACAGCGAUGGAGGUGAUGGCGGCAAUAAUGGCGCAGGUGGUGGAAACGGAGGAAGCACUGCCUCUAUUGCGACUGUUGGCUCUAUCUUCAUGUUCAUCACGUUGCUGACCACCAUGUUUGUGUGGAUGUAA